GCAGGACAGACCAACGGUGACCUCGGGACGGCUAGCUGCCUCCGUUACAUUGGAACGGCAUCGGUCUCGCCAAGCGAUUCGUGCCCAACACUGUUUUCGCCUAUUAUUGUACUUUUUGCAGCCACGGAAAGGCGAUUAAUAGCGAAACAAAGUUUCUUAAGAGGGAUUUACUGGGCUUUUUUGUUGUUUUGUGCGAGCCUGCAGCCUGCCUGCGUGUGUGCCAUGGGAACUUCUCACCGCCUUUAAUUAUCCCCCGAAUGGAAGACGUCCAAGCCCGGGACGCUUGAGCUCCUGUGUGCUUUCCGCACACACACACACUCAUACCGUACACACGCACACACAAAGACAUUGUUUUUUGGGUAUCGAGGAACCCGGAGUGACAGCCCCGUAGGGGAGAAGGGCGUUCGGAGAUGGAUGCUUUCUUUGUUGAGGGAGCGCGAGUAUGGCUAAAGGAGAAGGACCAACUCCUGCCCUCCACGGUCACAUACCGAGACGACAGCUCCACCGUCAUAACAACAGACUACGGGGAGGUGGUGACGCUGGACAUCUCGGAGGUAUGUCGGGAGCGUGUGUGUGGGAUGCAUCCCAGCAGUGUGUCGGGGGUGGAGGACAUGUCCUGUCUCACGGAGCUCCACGAGGCAGCCAUCAUGCACAACCUCCACCUGAGAUACCAACAAGACCUCAUAUACACCAACAUAGGCUCCAUCUUGGCUGCAGUGAACCCGUAUAAGCUGAUCUCUGGCCUGUAUGACGAGGCUGCAGUGGAGCUGUACAGUAAGCACCACCUGGGAGAGCUCCCGCCCCACAUCUUCGCCGUGGCCAAUGAGUGCUACCGAUGCCUCUGGAAGAGACACGACAGCCAAUGUGUGCUCAUCAGUGGGGAGAGUGGUGCAGGUAAGACGGAGAGCACCAAGCUGCUGCUGAAGUUCCUGUCGGUGAUGAGCCAGAACUCAGCCGGCACCGGCCCGGCACCCAGGAGCACACAUGUGGAACAGGCCAUCGUACAGAGCAGUCCCAUCAUGGAGGCGUUUGGCAAUGCUAAGACGGUCUACAACAACAACUCGAGUCGCUUCGGCAAGUUCAUCCAGCUGCACUUCUCCCAGAGCGGGAACAUCCAGGGGGGAUGCAUCGUCGACUACCUGCUUGAGAAGAACCGUGUGGUGAGGCAAAACCCGGGAGAGAGGAACUACCACAUCUUCUAUGCACUGCUGUCCGGAGCCGACCAGGAUCACAGAGAGAUGUACAUGCUGUUGGAGAAUGCGGAGGCGUAUCACUACCUCAGCCAAUCAGGAUGUGUGAAAGACAGCAGCCUCGAUGACAAGCAGCUCUACAACAGCGUCAUGGAAGCACUGCAAGUGAUGGACUUUAGUGAGGAGGAGAUUCGUGACGUCUUCAAGCUGCUGUCUGCGGCGCUGCAGAUGGGCAAUAUCGACUUCAUGACAGCAGGGGGCGCCCAAAUCACCAGCAAAGGAGUGGUCAGUAACGUGAGUGAGCUGUUGGGCCUGGACUCCUUCCAGCUGUCGGAGGUGUUGACCCAGAGAUCCAUGAUACUCCGAGGAGAGGAGAUCUGCUCACCACUCACCGUGGAACAGGCCAUUGACUCGCGCGACUCCGUUGCCAUGGCGUUGUACUCCCAGUGCUUCUCCUGGAUCAUCACACGCAUCAACCAGAAGAUCAAAGGCCAGGACAACUUCAAGUCCAUCGGCAUCCUCGACAUCUUCGGCUUCGAGAACUUUGAGGUGAAUCGGUUUGAGCAGUUCAACAUCAACUAUGCCAAUGAGAAGCUGCAAGAGUACUUCAACAAACACAUCUUCUCACUGGAGCAGCUGGAGUACAACAGAGAGGGUAUUCAAUGGGAGGCCAUUGACUGGAUGGACAAUGCAGAGUGCCUGGACCUCAUUGAGAAGAAACUGGGCAUGCUGGCUCUUAUCAAUGAGGAGAGCCGGUUCCCCAAAGGGACGGACUACACUCUACUGGAGAAACUACACAGCAAACACGCCGCUAACCACUAUUAUGUGAAGCCAAGGGUGGCAGACCACCAAUUUGGAAUCAAGCACUACGCAGGAGAGGUGUUGUAUGAUGUGAAGGGGAUUCUGGAGAAGAACAGGGACACUUUCAGAGAUGACAUUCUCUUCAUGCUGAAGGACAGCAGGCUGGACUUCAUAUAUGACCUGUUUGAGAGAGUGGGGAGUCGUAACGGAGAGGAGACACUGAAGAUGGGAACAGCACGCAGGAAACCCACCGUCAGCUCACAGUUUAGAGACUCUCUGCAUGCGCUGAUGGCUACCCUGAGUGCCUCCAACCCCUUCUUCGUACGAUGCAUUAAGCCCAACAUGGACAAGAAACCCAGCAAGUUUGACCCGGCGGUGGUUCUGAACCAGCUGCGAUACUCAGGCAUGCUGGAGACUGUGAAGAUCCGACGAGCUGGGUUCCCUGUACGCAGAACCUUCACCGACUUCACAAGCCGGUACAAGAUGCUGCUGAAGAGGAGGGUGUGUGUGGGCGACGAGAGAAAAGUGUGUCUGGAGCUUCUCAACACACAAGACACAACAGCUAAGGAGUGGCAGCUAGGCAAGAGCAAGGUAUUCCUGCGGGAGGCUCUGGAGCAGGUGCUGGAGAGGGAGAGGGAGGCGGUGCGCAGGGCAGCGGGCAUGGUCAUCAGAGCACACAUACUCAGCUAUGUGGCAAGGAAGCACUACAAGAAAGUCUUGUCCAGCGUGGUCACCAUUCAGAAGCACUACCGAGCCCACUACUGGAGAAGCUGCUUCUUACGCCUGCGCUCGGCCGCCCUGGUCCUGCAGACUCACCAGCGCGCCCUGGUGGCCCGGAGGCUAUUACAACACCUGCGCCUGGAGAAGAAGCGACGAGAGGAAGAGGAGGAGAGGAGGAGGCGAGAGGAGGAGGAGAAGAGGAGGCUAGAGGAGGAGAGGAGAAGGGCCGAAGAGGAGGAAGAGAGGAGGAGGAAGGCGCAGGAGGAGGAGGAGAGGAGGAGGAUAGAGGAAGAGGAGGAGAGGAGGAGGAAAAAAGAAGAGGAGAGGAGGAGGCUAGAGGAGGAGGAGAGAGAAAGAGAGAAAAAGAGGAGGUCAGCUCUGAACGAGAGGAACUCUCUCCGUGUCGAGUCUGUCGACCCAAUUUUCCAAAAGCCGUCCCCUCAGUACUGUUCGGAGGAGGAGAGUCGUCAGAUGGAGGAGAUCGCCCGUCUGGAGCGAGAGAUCGAGAGACUGCAGCGCCAGAGAGAAGAGGGAGUGACUGCUUUAGGAGCUGAGUCCCCCGGAGAGGCUGAGUUGGUGCUGCGGCGUGAGGCUGAGAUCUUGCGUCUGGAGAAGGAGGCUUCUCGCGUUGCCACGGAGUUCCUGGAGAUGCUGGACUUCGGAGUUCUAGAACCUUCGCUCUCCAGCGAGGAGAACCUUCCGGAAGCCGCUGAGAGGAGCGCAGCAGCCAAUCAGGACGCACCCCUUGCUGCCCAUGAUGAUGAGGAGGAGGAGCUAGAGGAGGAGGAGGAGGAGGAAGAGGAUGUUGUACACGUCCAUCGCCACAGUGCAGAGGCGGCAGUCGCCACGCCCACCGUGGCCAAGCCGACACCCCCCGAGCUGCCCCCCUUCCCGGCGGUGGUGCCCCCACCUCCUCCACCUCCUCCUCCGCCUCCACCUCCCCCUUCACAGACCCACACCCCCUUCGCCCAGGGCCAGCAGUGCGUGUCAUCGCCCAUCAUCCGGCGUCUAGAUGUGCCACCGCCCCCUGCCCCGCACGCCCCCUCCCCGCCCCCGCACAUGAUGCACACGCACCUGCGCGCGCACACGCUCUCGCGCCCGCAGCCCCCGCGGCUGCUCCACAACCACCAGCGAGCACACACGCUCAAGCACAACAAGCACAACAACCACCACACGCUAUCACCACACAUGCACACGCACGCAAACGCACACAUGCACGCAACCAACGGGCCCAACCCGCCACCUCCCCCUCCCCCGCCCAUGCAGGCUCCGCCCCCACCUCACAUGCUGCGACGGAACGCCUCGGAACCCUACAGAUCCUACUCUCCGCAGCACGUUCACAACAACAUACACACGCACACACCGCAGCGCGCCAACACCGUGCCGCACAACGCGCACAUCAACCCCCCGCCCCCACCUCCUCCCCAGACGCCUCCUCCUCCACCUCCUCCACAGCGGAGGCCGGAGAGCCUCAACCAAGCAGCAGUUCAAGGAGGAGAGGAGAAAGGGGAGUCAGACUACGACCAGGAGGAGUUUGAGGCCCAGGCCAGCAGUGGUGACGGUCACCUGACAGAUGAGGAGGUGCUUCGCAAGUCCACCUGCACCUUCAACAGCUUGGACUCAUAUAGGGGCAGCUCAGACUCGUUGAUCGAGAGUGACGAUGAGAAUGACGGCUUUGUGGACACGGACGAGGAGGUCUCCAACGGGAGGGUGACCAUCUUCAACGGCAACGGACCACCGUACUUCCACAGCUACCUCUACAUGAAGAGUGGUCUGAUGAUCCCGUGGCGUCGGCGCUGGUGCGUCCUGAAAGACGAGACCUUCAUGUGGUUCCGCUCCAAGCAGGAGUCCCUGAAGAGUGGCUGGCUCUACAAGAAGGGCGGCGGCCUCUCCACGCUCUCCAGACGCAACUGGAAGAUGAGGUGGUUCGCCCUGAGGGACUCCAAGCUCAUGUACUUCGACAACGACAGCGAGGAGAAGCUCAAAGGAACCAUCGACAUCCGCGAGGCCAAGGAGAUCGUGGACAACCAUGAGAAGGAGAAUGCUCUGAACAUCGUGACAGAGGAGAGAACUUACCAGAUAUACGCAGAAACACCUGAGGACGCCAGUGGCUGGUUUAAUGUCCUGAGUCGGGUCCACAGUGCCACACCACAGCAGCUUCUGGAUAUGCAGCAUGAACAGGCCAACCCCAAAAACGCAGUGGGAACGCUUGAUGUGGGUUUAAUCGACUCAGUGUGUGCGUCCGAUAAUCCCGACAGGCCCAACUCGUUUGUGAUCAUCACGGCUAAUCGUGUAAUCCACUGCAACUCCGAGCUGCCAGAGGAGAUGCACCACUGGAUAGGCCUACUGCAAAAACCCAAAGGAGACUCACGCAUAGAUGGACAGGAGUUCCUAGUCAGAGGUUGGCUGCAUAAGGAGAUGAAGUCUGGCAGUAAGAGCACGUCUCUCAAGUUAAAGAAGCGCUGGUUCGUUUUAACCCAUAACUCGCUGGACUACUACAAGUCUUCAGAGCGUAGUGCCUCCAAGCUGGGCACGCUGGUCCUCAACAGCCUCUGCUCCAUAGUGCAGCCCGACGAGAAGGUCUUCAAGGACACCGGCUACUGGAAUAUCAUUGUUCAUGGGCGUAAGCACUCGUAUCGGCUCUACACUAAGAUGCUGAACGAGGCCAUGAGGUGGGCGUCGGCCAUACAGGGAGCCAUCGACAACAAGUCUCCCAUAGAGACACCAACACAACAACUCAUACGAGACAUCAAGGAGAACAGUUUGAACGUGGAGGCCGUGGAACAGACGUACAGGAGAAACCCCAUCCUGAGAUACACACAACACCCACUGCACUCUCCACUGUUACCCCUGCCUUAUGGGGAUAUCAACACUACACUCCAAAAGGAGAAGGGUUACUCCAGUCUUCAGGACGAGGCAGUCAAGGUCUUUAACUCUCUUCAGGAGAUGGAGUCCGUGUCCGACCCCACGCCUAUCAUACAGGGCAUCCUGCAGACCUGCCACGACCUCAAACCCCUGAGGGACGAGCUCUACUGUCAGCUGAUCAAACAGACCAAUCACGUGCCUCAGCCCAACGGCCCGGCCAAUCGGGCGCACUGGCACCUCCUCACCUGCAUGAGCUGCACCUUCCUGCCCAGCCGAGCCAUACUCAGAUACCUGAGGUUUCACCUGAAGCGGGUUAGGGAGCUGUUCCCUGGCUCGGAGAUCGAGCAGUUUGCCCUGUUCAUCGGGGAGUCCCUGAAAAAGACCAAGACGCGCGAGUACGUGCCGUCUCAGGAGGAGAUCGCCGCCCUACUGGUGAGGCAGGAGAUGACAACUACAGUGUACUGCCAUGGAGGAGGCUCAUGCAAGAUAUCCAUCAACUCACACACAACUGCCGGAGAGGUGGUUGAGAAGCUGAUUCGAGGGCUGGCCAUGGAGGACAGCAGGAACAUGUUUGCCCUGUUUGAACACGGCAGCUCUCUGGACCGAGCCGUCGAGAGCAGAGUCAUCGUCGCAGACGUACUCGCCAAGUUUGAGAGGCUGGCAGGCGGAGAGGAAGGGGAAGAGCCCGACAGCCAGUGGCGUCUCUACUUUAAGCUGUACUGCUUCCUGGAUGUAGAGAGCAUGCCCAAGGAGGGGGUGGAGUUCGUCUUCAUGUUCGAACAGGCCCAUGAGAGUGUCAUCAGUGGUCAUUUCCCGGCCCCAGAGGAGACUCUUCAGCAGCUGGCUGCGCUGCGUCUGCAGUAUCUCCAUGGCAACCUGUGCAGAGCGCCCUUCACCCUGGAGAAUGUCUACCCGCUUGGACGCCUGCGCACACGCAUACACCACUUUAUCAAGAUGGGUAACUCCUCCUCGUCCUCCACCCCCACCGGCUCCUGCUCCACCCCCUCCUCUCCCUCCAUGUCGGGGGGCCUGAAUAUUGGGCCCGGUAGCGCCAUAGUUGGUGCCGGAUCCCCCGGAGCUGGGCCGGGAUCCAGCCAGACCCUGGAGCGCCGUCGGACCAGUUUCCUGGACGGAACACUGCGGCGCUCACUCAAGACGGGCUCUCUGCGUAAGCAGCGGGUGGAGGAGGAGCAGAUGAUGGAGAUGUGGCUGCGGGAGGAGACGUCUGCCACGCGGGCCUCCGUCCUGGAGAAGUGGGGCCGCCUGCAGGGCCUGCAGCAGCACCAGGCCAUGCUCAAAUACAUGGGCCUCAUCAAGGAGUGGCCCGGCUACGGAUCCACACUCUUCGAUGUGGAGUGUAAGGAGGGUGGUUUCCCCCAUGACCUGUGGCUGGGCGUGAGUGCUGAGAAUGUGUCUGUGUAUAAGCGUGGGGAGCCCCGCCCCCUGGAGACCUUCCCCUACGAGCACAUCAUCUUCUUCGGAGCGCCGCAGCCCAGCACCUACAAGAUCACCGUCGACGGACGAGAGAUGUUCUUCGAAACGCCACAGGUUGGUGAGAUAACCAAGAUCAUCAAGGCCUACAUCAACAUGAUCGUCAAGAAGCGCUGCAGCGUCCGAUCAGUCUCCAGCUACGGCAGCAAUUGGAUUAGGUGAUCAGGUCCAUCAACCAGAUGCCUGCUUCUUCCUGCUUAGUCCCGCCUUCACGGAGCCGGCAGGAUUUUGAUUGGCUGCAGUGUCCAUAUCAGGCUGCAGCUGCAGCAGCGAUUAACCACCAAUCAACCACUUGCUUCCUCCUUCUUCGCCCCGCCCUCCAUGGAGCAGGCAGGAUUUUGAUUAGCUGACUGCAGUGUCCAUAUUGGGCUGUGGCAACAAUUUGAUCAAGUGACCGGAUGAUCACCAACUACCAGUCAACCACUUGCCUCCUCCUUCUUUGUCCAGUCCUUAAUGGAGCCAGCAGGAUUUUCAUUGGCUGUAGUGUCUAAUCCAUAUCCAGCUAAGGCAGCAAUUGGAUCAGGUGAACACGGACCACCAAUCAUCCACUUGCUUGCUUGCUUCGUCCCGCCCACACAGAGCCACCAGGAUUUCCAUUGGCUGGAGGCCUGACACCAAAACAAAGACAUUAACCAAUGACAGGAGUGCCUAAUUUGACUGAUGACUGAGAGGUCCUAUGCGAUGCUUUGCAGGGCGUAUGAACGUGUAGCUUAUCUAACCCGUGCUGUAUUUAAAUCCUUAACUACUGUAACCACUAAGUGUUCACGAUGAACUGACACCACAUUGGAGGUGUUUUGGAAGAAAACAGUGUCUUCCCAAAGCCACACAUAUAGCCUGCUUCUGCAUUGGCUCCACACAACUUAACACACGCUUCUCACACACACUCACACACACAUUAGUAAGGUCUGUGUAUGUGUGUGUGUGGCCUGUUGCUCGCCCAUGACAUAUGUGUGAGUAGGAGGCAGUGUCCAUCACAAUGCCCAGGGCACCUCACUGUGUGUCUGUGUGUGUGUGUGUGUGUGUGUGUGUGUGUGUGUGUGUGUGAGUGUGUGUGUGUGUGUGUGUGUGUGUGUGUGUGUGUGUGUGUGUGUGUGUGUGUGUGUGUGUGUGUGUGUGUGUGUGUGUGUGUGUGUGUGUGUGUGUGUGUGUGUGCACUGACACAUUAUGCCUGACAAAAAGGCGUUGUGUAGCCACUAAAUAGUUUGGAGCAUUUUGGUUGGGCUAAUUAUGCAAGUUGCAAAUUAUUUCGUAAUUCUUUCCUAAUUUCCUAAUUUAAUUUAAAGCCUUCAUUUAUUUGUGUCGUAGCUUUUUCAAUGUAACAUGUUUUACUUAUAUUUUAUCAGACUAUUCUGAAUCUAAAUUUUUAUGAAAAUUGUCAGUAUUCUGUGCACUCACAACACAUUCAGUAUACAUUUUCUGUUUUAUUUAACAUACAUGAAGUCUUGAAUUCCAUAUGAUAACAUUUGUUGUGUCCUUGAUCCAAAAUAAUCUUGUGAUUCCACAAUGAAAUGCAAGCCUAUUUUAUAGGAUUACCAAGCAGACUUUGGUCAAAUUGCCUUUAACAUUUCACGUCUUCCCCCUAUUUUGCACAGAGAGAGAGAGAGAGAGAGAGAGAGAGAGAGAGAGAGAGAGAGAGAGAGAGAGAGAGAGAGAGAGAGAGAGAGAGAGAGAGAGAGAGAGAGAUGUUUUUGACCUAAGCCCACAACAACUAACAACUGUAGCCAUGGUGUAUUAGACCAUAUAUUUGUGAAGGUAUGAUUCAUUUUUAUAAACCCUGUGAGUUCAUUUUAAUAUAUAUUUUGGAAGUCUGAAGUGUCAUGAGAAUGAAUUUGUGUAUUUUAAUUUUGUUUAAUGAGUGUAAAUGACUGUUCCACAUGUUCAGACCUGCAUCCAUUGGCCAUGCUAAUGAUUAACCUACACUAAUAAGCACAGGCCAUUACUUCCUGGUUUGGGUGGCUCCACCCACACCUGAGUGCUUCCUGUUGUUUUAGCUCCUCCUAUCACCACAGAUGACCUCUUAAGUCCAGCUGUGGCCUCUGCCCUGUGUCUAUGGUCACAAUCCACCUCAUGUCUUACUAACGGACAACCCCAACAUGUAGAUACUGUAUGAUCUUUUUAUGCAGUGCACACGCCCAGUCACUGUUGACCAGGGCCUCGUUUGUGAUGCCGCAGGAUGCACACUGCAAAAUUACAAUGCUUUCUGGUUAGGAUUUUCUGCGCCAUAGCGAACAAGCCCAAUGGCAAAGCUUAGGCCUUUUGUGUGUGCCUGUGAUGGAGCACAUGGAUCCCGACUUGGUCCUCACCAUCCUAAUGCUCUCUUACUUUGCGGCAAUCCAUGCAGUACUGAUGGAUGAGCAGUGGCAGAACACUUGAUAGGGCCCCCCUACGACCUGCUAUAGCGCUGCAUCUUACGGAUCAGCUAUUCACAUGUGCUCGGACACAUGACAAACCAGGACUGCCCUGGAUAUGGAGCUCCACACCUAAUCAUGGUCUGGACUGUUACAAGACAUCACAAGAGUGGCUCAGGAGAUGGACCCUCAGGCAGCACCAGACCUGGUUGUUAGAUGAACGAUCAGCACCACCUGAUCAAGAAACGGACUGUUAGUAUCUACUGUUGACCAUUAGAUGGACUGUUAUUUACAAAAUUGGAUCAAUAGAUAGACUGUUACUUACAAAAUUGGAUCAGUAGAUAGACUGGUAGAUAUACAGAACAUUUGUGUGAAUAAAUUAGGAUACUUGAUUAUUAGGUCGUUAGGACACCUUAUCAGAAGAUAUAUCUGUACAAACUCCAACGUCAUCUCUGAUCAGGACAUGUACUGUUACCUGAGCUGGACACGUCUCUCAAAAGUGCUGUUGCUAACCAGUUAGCAACUUAAUUGGUUGUCAAUGGGAAUUUGCAUUCCAAACUAGUUGCCAGUUGCAACCUAGUUGAUAAAGUAGUUAGCAACUAUAUUUUUUGUGAAUCGCACUCCUGGCUAGCAGACGUACUACCUGAUCACCAGGGGCAAAUAACCUACAACUACAACACCAGGCCUGUGUUUCCCAAAAAAACAUUUAAGUAGUACUAAAGUGUACUAAAGUAUUAGGUGGCGUCUAGGCAAUAAAUCACAUCACUAAUGACUGAGAUGUGAGACUUAUUUGUGAUAUACUGCCAAGGGUGCUCCUUAUACUUAGGUACUACUUAGGCUUAAGUACUACUGCAGAGUUUUUGGGAAACGCAGCCCUGAUAACCUGGAGGAAAGAGGUGGACAUGUCACAUCCAUGACUCGGGCACCUUCUCAAGCAGAUGACCUGUUACAACCACCAUAUCGGCUUACAUAACAUAUAACAUAACUCUUGGUCAGGAGACAGAGGUGUCAAAAGUUAAAGUAAAAGUAAAUUCAUGGUGUAAGUACAACACUAGUACAUGAUAGUACAUCACUGUUACACCAUUUACUACUCCAUUGUACUUAAUGAGCUAGCUAGACUGUGUUGUUACGGAAAAACACUUAAAACCUAACAAGAACCCAACACAAAUUUGAUCUAACCAGUGCACUCAGCUGAUCAUAAGACAAGUACACAGGCCUACUAGUUACUCACACAAGUUACCUGAAGGCAUGUGUGUCCUUUUUUACAUUUACUUGUACUUUUGACAUAUCCAGUCAGGAGACAGACUGCUAAAACAAUUGGUGGACAGAUGGACUGUUUUUAUUUCCUUUUUUUAAAAAAGGAGACCUGGUCAGGCAGGUCUUCGGUUUAACCCUUUAAACUUUCAAGCCCGCUUGUCUUCCACCAUUACCGCGCAGGGCUGUGGACCGACAGAACCGGUCCGCACACCCAGACCCAGACAUUGAAUCGGUCUGACGCAGCAUGGACAGUAUGCGUGUCACUGGACCACAGGGCACUGACUGCAUUGGUGCUCAUUUCCAGUUACUUUGGGGCCCAGUCUGUGGACAGUAUUGGAAAGGAAAUGGACAACAGGACUUGAGUAUUACAACUGGACAUAAUGACACACUCCUGUCAGGAGGACUGCAGUAUUGGACAGGAAAUGAUGCACUCCUGACAACAGGACUGGAGGACACUGUCCUGAGGAGGGGUAUUGGUGUUCAAGCGUUGCCCCAUGCCUAUUGUGCAUGCAUGGCUACGUACAACUCAAAUCACGGCCCACCAGGGUUGUAGAGCCCCGGAGUGGAGUAUUAUGACAGGAAAUGACACGUGCCUGUCAGCAGGACUGGAGUAUUCCAACAGGAAAUGACACGUGCCUGUCAGCAGAACUGGAGUAUUAUGACAGGCUGUGACAUGCCUCUUGACUGACUGUACAUUUAGAUGUAGCAACUGCAGUGGACUGACUAUGUAUAGAUAUACUUGUGUGUGAAUACAGUAGGAUUCUUGGCUAUGUCGAUAUUAUGUAAAGGACCAUGUAUACGUGAAGACUCUUUAUUUUUCAGCAGAAGACGCGAUAUCUUCUUUUUGUUGUUAUAAAACAAGCGCUUGUGAUACGUUUGAUGCAUCUGUGUCAGGAGGAAGUGUGUAAAAUGAAUUGUGAUUAGAGAGACGAGAAUGUUUGCAUUGUUUGUUUUUCUGUAUGUGUGCGCGAUACAGUGUGUGUGUGUGCGAGUGUCUGAGAGAGAGAGAGAGAGAGAGAGAGAGAGAGAGAGAGAGAGAGAGAGUUGGUCUGAGAGUGUUUGGGAGGGGUCUUGGUUAUUUAUUCAUCAGUGUUGCUAAGAAAGCUGUGUGUGACAAAGAAGGUUAAAUAUCACAUGAGGUAAAACUAAUGCAGUCCAUCGGCUCAAACACUGAUGAUUAUGAUGAUGAUGAUGAUGAUGAUGAUGAUGAUGAUGAUAAUGACAGAAUGGUAAUAUUGACCAACAGCAAAAUAUAUGAUGGUUUUGGAUGUACUGAUGAUGAUGAUGUUGAUGUUGAUGAUGAUGAUUAUAAUGAUGACGAUGAUGAUGAUGAUGAUGACGAUGAUGAUGAUGAUGAUGAUGAUGAUGGAGAAAGUGUGACUGGCUCUCCUCCUCUUUUGAUUUGCAGGAUUGGCUGCCGGCAGCCUAUCAGAAUGCCUGGUGUAAAGGCUGGCAGCCUAUCACAAAGCCCGUUGUAAAGGUUAGCGGCCUAUGAGAAAGCCUGGUGUUAAGUUUGACAGCCCAUUAGAAAGCCCGGUGUAGAGGUUAAUAGCCUAUCAGAAAGCCCUGUGUCAAGAUAAUCGGCCUGUCAGAAAGGGCUGUGUUAAAGUUGAUGGAUGAGGUUGGAGAACAAAGAGGAAGACAAAAAAAGAGUGAAAGAAAAAGAAAAACAAAAAAGACAGAAAUAAAACUUUUCUUGCUUGUUGUGUUUGAAAAAAAAUCACUAUUUGAUUUUUUUGUAACUGGAUUUACAAAAUGCUCUAAUAAAUUAUUG